CCGCCCUCGCCUCCCCUCAGGUGCGCGCGGCCCGAGGCGGCGGUGGCGCCGCUCCCGAUGGCGGCCCCGGGCGGGCUGGGCCGCUGCGUGGCCGCCUUCUGGCUGGCGCUGGCCUUCGACGCGGUGGGGCUGGCAGUGCUGCUGGCCGGCGUGUUCGCCGACGUGUUCUUCUCCGACCUGCUCAUCUACGCGGGCGGCAUCGGCAUCUUCCUCAGCCUGGUCUGGUGGGUGUUCUGGUACGCGGGCAACCUGGAGGUGCCGCCCGAGGAGCUGCGGGACGACGUGGGGCUGUCGGCGCCCAAGGGCCGCGGGGACACGCUGCUGCGGCGGCUGGUGAACGGCUUCAGUCUCCGCCUCACCGCCGCGCUCGCCCCCGCCCGCCCCGCCGAGCUGGAGCUGCAGCGCGCCGGGAGCGCCCGCGGCCGCCACGCCGAGCCCGGCAGGAUCUGUUGAAGACACAACUAUUGACGUUACUGCCCCCAAAAGUGGGGGAAGUGCUGCAAAUUAUGGAAGGAGAUUCUCAACUCAAAACAGUAGGAUUCUCUCAUUGUGGAAUAACCUCUGCAAGCAUUGUGGACUCUCCAUAAAAUGGACACGUGGAGCCAUAUCUCUGCCAAAAGCACCUAUUUCAGUGUUGGACUGGAUAUGCUUUGAAAUGGUGAAAAAAGAUCUCACAAAAUCUCCUUAAGAAGCGAGAGCUAGAAGAGAAUUGAACCUGAUUCAUGGAAAUACCAGUGCAGCUUGUCAAAUAGUUGGUUUUAUUGUUUUAAUUAUUAUUAUUUUUAAUAACCUGAAAGGUUUGGAUAAAAAGCUCUUGCACAAUGAAAAGCUCUUGCACUGUUUUUUACCAAGGUAUGGAAGUUAAACUUACUGUGAAUUUUUAUAAUGCCAGUGCAAUACUUUUGUUUGUAAGGGUGCCUUCAAAAUGUCUGUAUUAAACUGUUGAUGCAAAGCUGCAAA